AGAGGGAAUUCCAGUGAGUUUCAUUGAAUAGAAUCGUCGUGGAUUCUUUAGCCAAUUGGGUCUCUCACCCCAGAAUUGGAGGCUUAAUUUUACCCAGCCUCUUUGGCAUUUUGAUUGAUGUUCCCGUGGCUCCAUCCGGCAGGCUAUAGCUAUAAGGGUAAAGGGAGGCAGUAAAAAAGACAAUCGUCUAGUUCAGUCUUUCUCACACAUGCAGUCAACGCUAUUAGAUAACGACAAACUGGACUAAACUGCGUUUUAGUUGCUGUAUGAUAACUGGGGUGACGUGGAGGAUCCUGUAGGCUCGCAGGAGCGCGCGCCUCUCCACACCAUGGAUCAUAUGGGAGUGCAUCUCCACCAGACGCACGCAGACACCAUCAGUUUUGGGAUCGACCAGAUUCUUAACAAUGCAGACCAGGGGAGCUGCAUGAUCUCCAACCCCAGAAUGCAGGACAUGGACUACGGUUUGGGCUGCAUAGUCAGCACAGCCUACAAUACCAUGACUGGCAACUACGGCGUCAAUAACUCGGCUGGAUACAAUGGAAACUCGUGCAGCGUUGGUUCCCUCAACGGCUCGUACAACAUGAACUUGGGCGCGAAUGUUAAUGGCAAUUGCCUUAAUUCUUCGGGAGUGAUCCGAGUUCCAGCGCACCGGCCGCUGAGCAGCGUUCACUCGUCCAUUCCCACCAGCGCUACCACGGUGCCAAGUAUGGGAAGCAUGGGCACCAUUAACAAUCUCACGGGAUUAACGUUUCCAUGGAUGGAGAGUAACAGGAGAUAUACCAAAGAGAGAUUUACAGUGGCCCUCUCACCGUUCACUGUAACACGCCGUAUAGGUCACCCGUAUCAGAACCGAACCCCUCCGAAGAAGAAGAAGCCCCGGACGUCGUUCACGCGCCUCCAGAUCUGUGAGCUGGAGAAACGCUUCCACCGUCAGAAGUAUCUGGCGUCAGCUGAGAGGGCAGCCUUAGCGAAAGCACUUAAAAUGACUGAUGCGCAGGUCAAAACAUGGUUCCAGAACAGAAGAACGAAAUGGAGGCGGCAGACAGCAGAGGAGAGAGAAGCAGAGCGACAACAAGCGAACCGAAUUCUUAUGCAACUUCAGCAAGAAGCUUUUCAGAAGACUAUAAACCAACCUGUUACUCCGGACCCAAUCUGCCUUCACAACAGCUCUCUGUUCGCACUUCAGAACCUCCAGCCCUGGACUGAGAACACGGGGAAAAUCAGUAGCGUUCCUAACACUGAUUGAGAUGGGCAGACUUUUAUGGACGUGGGAUGUACAGAGGAAUAUCCCAAUAUCA